UGUUGAUUGUAGAUGUCGUGAUAGUACGAAACAAUACUCGUCCAGUAAAUUUCACUUGCAAGAUAACAAAAACAUUUUAUUGUCGCGUCGAUCACAUUAAUCUCUUAUUUGUUCGAUUUUAUUAUUGUAACUGUCAUAAAUAUUUUUCCUCUAUAUAUAUUACAAGAUGUCCAAUCCGAAAUCUUCUGUAGAUUUGCGAGCGGAGUUGGCAGAAUUAGUAAAACGGAAAGCCGAGAUCGCUGACACAUUAGCCAAUUUAGAGCGACAGAUAUAUGCUUUUGAAGGAAGCUAUUUAGAGGACACGCAAUUAUAUGGGAACAUAAUAAGGGGUUGGGAUAGAUACUUAGCGAGCAACAAAAAUACCAAUAGCAAAGCAGACAAACGUAAUAGAAAAUUUAAGGAGGCCGAGAGAUUAUUUUCUAAAUCGUCCAUUACAUCCAUGGCAGCUGUUAGCGGACUCGUAGAGAAUACACAAGAAAAAAUUGAACGAUACAGUGAGUCGGAGUCUCAGAUUGGAAAUAGUGGCAGCGAAGACAAUUGCAACUUUGCCAAUUCGAACGCGAUCUCUUCCAGCAAUAACAAAGAAACUAGUGGGAAAAAUCAUACCUCUAUUCAAACCGGAUACGUUCAAAAUAAUGGUACCAUUAAUAAUUCAGACAAUGCCUCCAUUCAAUUUACAAACGGAUCAAUGUCCAACGGCAACUUAGAGCACGUUACCACACCUGUUAAAGAAUGCCACAGUAAUAGCAAAGAUUCCAAUAAAACUAAAUCCAUAAAUAGUGCGAAAAAAAAUAGCAAUAAAAGAUCUAGAAAUAGAUAGAUGUAUGUUGUAGUGCUACAAUUAAUAUGACGCAAAAGUAAGAUAUUAAUUCUUUGCUUUCUAAGUAAAUAAAAUAUUUCGUCCGUUCUUUAUGAAUAAUCUGUCUUUAAUAUUUAAAUGAUCACGUAUAAACACACGUAUGUUAUAUAAGAUAAAGUAUUAAGAAAACACAAGUAUUUGUACUUAUAACAAAAAUGGAACAUAUCUAUUUCAAAACUACAAGUAUAAGUUAAUACACUUUAAUUAAAAUUCGUAUAGACAUUCCAGAAAAGUGUAAAGAUUUUGUAUCUGUAUUUCAUAUGUUACUACAGUAUUAAUAUUCAGGAUCUCAUACUUACAUUUUCUGUAAAAAUAAAACUAGAAAAUAUAUUAAUGAUAUACACAGGUAA